AAUGGCUCAACCCACACAAGCAAUCCUUCGGACUCUGAACAGCCAGCAGCAUAUUGCUUGAAAACUGCCAAUUUCUUUUAGGUGCUUUGCAGCACCUUGAAUUACCUACGGUAAGAGUUUGAGGCGUCUUCUUGAUCAGCAUCAGAUCUCAGCAUAAGAUCAUGGCUUCCUCGCUCGCUGUGUUUUCUGCCCCCUCCGUCGCCUCUCUGAGCUUCUGCCAGAGGGUGAGCCCCAGCAACAGGAGUUUUGCUGCUGCGCCUGCGCUGACUGCACCUGUCUCCAGGCGGUUUGUCGUCCGUGCUGCCGAGCCUCUUAACCCCGACAUCCAGAAGGACAACCCCAAGGUUGUGGACAUUGUGGAUCCUACAACGAUUGAAAAGCAGACGUCCUACUGCCGGUGCUGGAGAUCAGCCACCUUUCCCCUGUGCAACGGGUCUCAUGUCAAGUGGAACAAGGAGACGGGGGACAACGUUGGCCCUCUCCUAGUCAAGGCGGCGCCCGCCAGCUCUUAGUUUGAGAUUUGUAAAGAAGGUCCCAAUACUUGCGUGUUGAAUGCUGGCUGAGUUAGCCUUACUUGACUAAUGCUUACUGUCGACGUGCCCUUGUCCCUUGCGAACUGUUUCGAAAAUUUGCAAGAAAGUUUUCCUAAUCUUCGCUCUUUAUUUGAUACAGCAUGCAAGCGCAUUACAAAGCCUCAUGGCCAUGCCGUU